AUGCAUGUGUUCUCCAUCGUGGUGUUUGGCUCUAUUGUCAAUGAAGGAUAUGUGAACCGCCUGGACGAGACACAAGAGCACUGUAUUUUCAACCGCAAUCGCAAUGCUUGCAACUAUGGCAUUACUGUGGGUGUCCUCACCUUCCUCAGCUGCCUUCUUUACCUGGCUCUGGAUGCCUACUUCCCACAGAUCAGCAGCGUCAAAGACCGCAAGAAGGCAGUUCUCUCGGACAUCGGAGUCUCUGGUAAGCUUCCUGGCUGCCUCGUUCUCAUUUGGCAUGACAAUCAGUGGCAAGUUUCAAAAGAAGAGGACAACCCGAUGAAUGAGGGAGGGGAUGCAGCCCGAGCAGCCAUCACAUUCUCGUUCUUCUCCAUCUUCACCUGGGGCUCCCUCACAUAUCUGGCUUUCCGGAGACUCAGAGACAUUACUUUUCAGGAAGAAUACAAUACGCUUUUCCCUAACUCCCCAUCCUUGCUCACGAAUGAGGAGGACGCUACAGAUACUGUGGGGACGUACCAGCAGCCCCCUCCAGCAGAUGCUUUUGACACCGAGACCCAGGGGUACCAAACGCAGAACUACUGAGCCACCGAUGCCCCUUCCCUUUCCCCCUUCCCUUCUGCCCCUUUCCCACUGCUGGCAAAAAGCCAAGGCACAAAACAGACACGUGCGUAGUGGCACAAGAGGUGGCUCUCAGCUAUGCUCCAGCCUUCUGGGUCAUCUGUUUUUAUUUAUUGUUUUUAAAAAGGCAAAACAAAAAAGCCCUAAUCACUUCUUCCUUCUCGUGCCCUCAGAGCUACCUGCCCGAACCAAGUUGUUCCAAGUGUGUCACUGUGUCGCAACAAGAAGAGUCCCCCCUUCUCUCCCUCCUCCCUUGCUGCGGGAGGGAGGACUCUGGCUCAUCCUCUUGGUGGGCAGGAGAGAAGGAUUACAGCACCAACAGAGUAGGGGAAAAAGGCACUAGAGGGGGAAAGGAAGGAGUGGGAGGGAACAGGGACCUAGGGGUUCCUAGGAGAGCUGGUGCUGCUAAAGGCUGGAGUAGAUGUAGGAGCAUCCGAAUUGGGCCCAAGGCCUGGUUGCUCAGGGAGGGGAACAUGAGGUGGCAAAAGGAGGGAAGGCAUGAGAGUUAGCAUGCAGGCAUGCAAGGGUGGAGGGAGGGUUGUAGGUGGGUGGUAGAGUGGGAAAGGGUUCCCCACGCAGGCGUGCAAUGACAAAGGUGCUUUUCUCUCCCAUGCUGAUGCACACAGGCAAGGGAGGGAUGCUUUAUUUUUAGACCGUUUGGGGAGGAAUGGUAUUGCGUGGUGGGCGGGGGGAGAGGGGGAGGGAGCACAGAGAGAGAAAGUGGGAGGGGAAGGAGGAAGAUUUGCAGGUACAAUCAAAAACCACAGACUCAUCUGUAGAUUUAACUGAAGAGAUAGAGUAGAGUAGAGGGACAGCGCCAUGAGAGUCAGUCUGUCCCCAGGUCCUUUUGGAUUGAGUUUUGGAUUGAGCUGGUUGUGUUUUUCCCCUUAACUGUACGUCUUAAAUUUCAACUCUUCUCAGACUAGCACUGUGUUUAGUGAGGCAGGACGGGGGAGCUGUGCUGAGUCCCUGGCAUCAAGGUGCAGGCCCUGUGGGAGAAAGGAUGGAGGAGGUGUGUUCCUAGGAAGUCCUUGUCCCCAGCUGGGCUGUUUGAGAGAGUCUGAUCGGGGGAGAGGAGAGCUUUGCCAUUUCACCCUGGGCAGGAGGAGGAGGAGAAAAAAGCUAGUUUGACGCAUGCCCUACUGAAUCUUCCUGCUUUCCUCUGCUGCCAGACUGCAAAGCCUCCCAAUAACACCAUCCUUGUAGUAUGGAGGUAUGCAGCAGGACUCCCUCUGGCAAGAAAUACUGCUGUUACACAGCAGGGGUGUAACCAAGUAGUAAAGGGUCCUGCGCCUUCCCAGCUGAGCUCUGUGCUUUGCUUCCCACUCAGAUGGGGAGGAGUUCUUAGUGUGCAGUUCAGCAAACUGAGCUGAAAUGGGAGAAUUUCCUCUGUCCAUGCAAAACUGGUUUGGGCCAGGCUCAGCUCUCUGAAAAUUGAGGUUACUAUACCUUACCUAGUGCUCCUUCUGCAGCAUCUGAAAUCCUAGCUGUCUUUAAAGCUGCACCUAGGUGGCAGUGGUGACUGCCAGACAGAGUUCAUAUUGAUGCUUUUCCAUACUCCUGAUGAUUUUGUUUCAAGUAGAGAUGCUGCUCUGGAAGCAGAAGUAACCCUAGGAUAGAAGUAAUAUUUAUUCCAGAAGACAGCGUACCUAAAGGAAAAUAAUUCAACGAUAGCCAGCUGGACAGUUUUCCCCAGCACAGACACCUCUCAGAACACAAGAGGCUGAAACCCAAAGCUGGGUAUGUCUUGCAGCAGUGAGGAGCUCCGUUCCCUGGGCUGCCAGCCCUGGUGCCAGUAACGCUGGCCUGAGUGGCAGAGAUUAGGAGCAAAUCCCAAACCCAUAGGUGCUCCCCCUGUGUGUUCUACCUAUUCCCUGUAGCACCUUCAGGAGUCAGGAGGAGGGGACGCAGGUCUGGCCUGAGGUUGUGUGAACAUCUUGUCUGGAGGACACUGAGUCCUGUUUCAUCAGGAUUCCCAUUAGGACAGCGUAAAACAUCCAGGUUACCAGUCCUUCCCCUCCUCCUAGGGUUACUUCUCUCCAGCUCUCCCACUGUGACAGGGAAAGGGUGUGAAACCUAGAGUUGCAGGCCCCAAAGGGAGGACAAUUUUCUCCAUUGUGCAUAGGCACAAUUUCUACCUGUUGUCUCCAGCUUUCAAGGGCUGCUAGACCUGCCUGCAGGAGUGAGAGAGAGAUAUGGCAGGGGCUGAGACGUUGCCUGCAGACUUGUGCUAUGGGCAGCCCUCCCCAUGGUUUGCCAUCCCUUGGUUUGUGGUUAAGCACUAGUGAAGGCUGAGGAGAGGGGGACCAGUAGGCCCAGCUGAAGCACAAAGAGGAACUUAGCACAUCCCUUGCUCUGUGGCCCUGAAAACAUUACUGUAAAUAGGAAGGGUAUUUUUCAGAAGGAAGCCCCUCAGGCUUCUUUUUCUGUGAGACCAGCCUAAUAUUUAGGCUUGGGAGGGGGUACUUUAUUGAGAGAGAUUUGUCAUGACUGUGGCUGUGGGGGGAGCUCCCUCCAGUCUGUCUCUUUCCCCAGGGGAGGGCACAGAAAGAAAGAUGAGGUGGAGGAGGAGAAGAAGUAGUGUACUCAUCCAGACUCAUCUGUAUCAUCCUUCAUGCUUUCAUUUUGGGUGAGGAGGGAGAGGAGGAACUGAGAAAAGGAGGAAGCUAUAAAUAACCAGCCCUCAGCACAAAAAUGCACUGUACUUUCCAGGAGGAACUGCCCAUCACUUGUCCCCACUCAUCAGGGGUGGUGAAGGACCAGGCUUAUGGGGAGGAGGUAUGGGCCAGAACCGAGGGGUCUGACUUGGGUGUCUGCUUUGGGGUAUAGCAUGGGACUGUCUUACCUGUCCCUUCUCCCAUUAGAGCUGCAUGGGUGGCUAACCAUCAUUUGGGGCUGACAACUGAGGAAGCUUUUCUGCAUCCCCUUUGGCUUGUUUCCCUCAUGUAACUGAUGGGCUUUGGUAGGCCUGAGGUGGGAACAGGCCUCUCCCUCAGAGCAGGCCUGUCAGUGGGAAGUGAGCCAGGUGGCUUCAUCCUGGGUUACUGCCCACCUCUCUGUCCCUUUUCUCUGUUUUUAAGUUGCAGGACAGGGACUGGUGUGGGAGAGGAUGCUUUAUAAUAGUACAUACUGAAGCAACUUCUGCUUUUGCUCACGGGAGAGGGCAUACUCUCCUCAGGUUAACUUGUUUUCAGCCUUUGCCGUGGAGGCCUGGCGGCAAUGGGCCCGGGGGUAGGAUUCAUCUUCUUUGCAUGUAGCUCUUUAAAAUGAAGUUUCCCAUGGCAUAGGCUGGCUCUGCAGCCAAGGAGAGAUACAGCCCUAUCCAAGGGGUUGGUUAGCCUGUCUGCCUGAGACGCUUAUGUUAAGGUGCUGCCUAUUUCUGAGGACCACAGGCAAGGCCUGGGCAGCUGGCUAGGACAUGUCCCUUUUAGAUCCUAAAUGUGGGCGAGAUCAGUCCCGCUCUAGGGAUUAGAAGAUGAGAGGGAAGGCCAUAUAAGCAAAAUGAUAGGAAGGCUUUCUUCCCCCUCUGCUGGUUGUCUGGAUUACAGAGGAUUAUGUUGCUGAGUCAAAUGCCAUCCCCUGUUGCGAGCGUGGGCCCCUUGAUGUCCUCUUGUUUUAUGAAACCCCCAAGUAAAGGAUUGUUUUAUGAAAGUUGGGGCUGUGAAGGGCAAAGGGGUGAUGAAACUUUGCCCCACUUCUACCUAUCACUUCAAUAUCCUGAAGGGUAUUGAGGAACAAGGUUCCCCCGUCCCUGGCUCACACACAUCCCCACCAUACUGCUUGUCACCUCCUUGUACACCCUUCCCCUCUGCAUUAUUCCUGGCAGUUCCCUUAGGGGAGGAGGGUGUCUUUGGCCCCACAUCUUGCACCCUCAUGAGUGCUUGGGAGGACCCAGCAAGGUAGCGUUGCAGGAUGGUUCCCAUAGGAGGCUCUGCUCUGGUCUCCAGAGCCUGCACAAGGCAAGGAGCCCAGUGAGGCCACCUCACGCAGCAAAUCCAAACCAUUCAUCCAGAACAACUUUCUGCUGCCUCUGUGGCAUCUCUUAACACCAUCUGGGCUGCUCUGCCCCUCCCCCUGCAGCAUUACUGCCUGUGUACAGUAUAUAUUAUAUAUAUAUAUAUUUAAAAAGAUGUAUAAUAUAAAGCUAUACAUAUAUACGUAUAUAUGAUGACUCACGGAUGGCCUGCUGCAUACAGGAUCCCCAGAGUGGACUUGUCUAAGCCCUUCACCCCUCCUCCCCCUCUGACCCUCACCCCGGUCCGUUCUAAACUCCAACUACAGCGAACCCCACCACCUUGGCACCUGUGUUUACAAUGUCCUAUAUAUUUGUGGUUAACAAAGUGAAGGUGGUAACUACUGGUGUCUCAAUAAAGUUAUGACAUUCAAAAUAACCAAAC